AUGGCAACACGCAAAUGUACUAGGAAAUUCGAAGGCAUAAACUCGGUUGCGUUCUCACCCGAUGGUAGUCAGCUAGCAUCAGGUUCAGGCCUGACUAUCAAGCUCUGGGACCUAGAGACAGGCAGAUGUACUAGGACAUUUGAUGAGCACCAUGGUGAUGCAGUCAACUCUAUUACAUUCUCACGAGAUGGCAGCAAGCUUGCGUCAGCAUCAUAUGAUACAUCUGUCUUGCUCUGGGACGCGGCAGCGGGCAACUGUAUAGCAAUAUUUGAUGGUCAUAGCAACUCUGCUGCCUCAGUCGCAUUCUCACCAGAUGGCAGCAAGCUUGCCUCAGCAUCAGGCGGGACUGUUGAGAUCUGGGAUGUUUCAGGUGACUAUAAUACAACAUUCGAAGGCCAUAGCCGCCGUGUCAAUUCUGUUACAUUCUCACCAGAUGGCAGAAAGCUUGCCUCAGGAUCGUCUGAUGCAACUAUCAAGCUCUGGGAUGUGCCAACAGGAAACUGUAUUGCAACAUUUGGAGGCCGUGGCUGGGCUGCUCGGUCAGUCGCAUUCUCACCAGAUGGCAGCAAGCUUGCUUCCGUAUCGUAUGACGCAACUCUUGAGCUCUGGGAUGUGGCAACAGGUAACUGCAUUUUGACGUUUGAAGGCUAUAGUGACCGUGUUUUGUCAGUCACAUUCUCACCAGAUGGUAGAAAGCUUGCAUUAAGUGGUAAAACUGUUAAGCUCUGGGAUGUGGCAGCAGGCUGCUAUAUUACAACACUUGAAUGCGAUAACCGCUUUCCCGUCCACUCAAUCGCGUUCUCACCAGACGGUAGAUGGCUUGUCCCGGAUAACGGGCCGCUCGAGGUCGGGGAAGGGCCGCUCAAGCUCUGGGAUACGGUCACAGGCAAAUGUGCUAUGACAUUAAAAGGUGGUGUUGAUUUUGUCCGCUCACUUGCAUUCUCGCCAGAUGGCAGCCGGCUUGCAUCGGCGUCAGGUGAAAUAAUUUCCGUUAGGCUCUGGGAUAUAGCAACAGGCAACUGUAUUGCAAUGCUUGAUGUGGGCACGACCCUCACGAACUUAGCCUUUGAUGCAACUGGAUCACAGCUCAACACGGACAUCGGUAGCUUUGUGCUAAAUUUGCCGUCUGCAGAGGUUACAACCGCGGCGCUUUCACCUCUUUGUUUACCCCUAACAGUUAAUCGCCAAGGCUUCGGGCUAAGCAUAGACAAGACGUGGGUCACUUGGAGCUCCCACAAAGUCUUAUGGUUGCCGCCAGCUUAUCGGCCUCUGUCGUCGGCUGUGACGGCGUCAACUGUGGCACUCGGGUGCUUAUCGGGGCAAGUCGUUUUAAUGACACUCUCAGCUGCAAAUGGUCUUUCAGGUUUCGCUGCCGAAGUUGCAAGUGGUCUGGAGACUCAUUCCCCUCUCUAG